AUGACCAUACCCACCUCCGUGGCCGCCUCCAUGACCAUAUCCGCCUCCGUGGCCACCUCCAUGGCCGUAUCCACCUCCAUGGCCACCUCCGUGUCCACCUCCAUGGCCAUAUCCACCUCCGUGGCCACCCCCAUGGCCAUAUCCACCCUUAGGUCCUGCCAGGUUGAAGUUGCUGUUCGAGAUGCCGCCUACUCCAUAUCCACCUCCGUGCCCGUGUCCGCCUCCAUGUCCGUACCCACCGCCAUGUCCACCGUGUCCGUAUCCACCGCCGUGUCCACCUCCGUGUCCAUAUCCACCGCCAUGGCCACCGUGCCCAUAUCCACCGCCGUGUCCACCGCCGUGUCCGUAUCCUCCUCCAUGCCCGUGUCCGCCGUCAGCUUGACACAUGACAGCUAG